CUGCCUUGGCACGGUCGGCUGGACACGCAGACGCGCAGACAGACAUUAGCAAACAAUGCGGGAAAUCUCUCGGUGACUGACAAGGAUUUUUUUUUUUUUUUUUGGUAACAGCGAUAAGAAUUCGGGCGCCUUCAGUCUGAGCUGUGACCGUGAACGCCGCUAUAUCAUCCUCCACCUUUUGGACGGAGCUGUUCAGGAGGCUUCACUGCGAGAGGAAGGCACAGCACGGUGCGCAGCAGUUAACAAGUGGCUCUGCAUCGGGCUGGUGUGGGGACUGGGAGGAGUGAGGAAGCUUCAAGUCACUGAAUGGAAAGUUCGCUCUGACACAAACUUUUUAUUUGUUUUCUUUACCCGUGGGGUAAUAACUUUUUAUUUUUGAGUCACUGGGAGGUGAAGGCUUCUCUGAGGGUUUAGGAGUUUGUUGUCGCCAUGUGCGCACCGCUGCUGCUCCAGAUGUGGAUGGUUUUAUUGUUAGGGGCUUUGACCGGGGUCGCGAGGGCUCAGGUCUCCACGGUCAAAGUGAUAAGAGGCAACAUGAGGAGAGACGCAAUCGCCUCACCACAGACUUGUACCGCAAAGAGGAAAACAUCACAGUCACCCCGGUGGUGGGAUCCAUCCACAGCCCACGCUACCCGAACGCUUAUCCCCGCAACCUGAUGUUGUCAUGGAAACUGCUGUCACCGCCAGGGAGCCGCAUUCACCUGGAGUUUGACGGACACUUCGGCCUGGAGGAGGCUGAGAAUGGAGUGUGCAGGUAUGACUUUGUUGAAGUGGAGGACCAAUCAGAGACAAGCACUAUAAUUUGGGGUCGCUGGUGUGGGCAGAAAGCUCCGCCCCGCCUCAACUCCAAAACCAACAUGCUCCGAGUCACCUUCAAGUCUGAUGAUUACUUUGUUGCAAAGCCGGGAUUCAAAGUCUACUACUCCCUGCUGCACGAAGCUCCUCUACCUGCAGCCAACACCAACUGGGAGGCUGUCACUAUGGUCAUGUCGGACAGCGGUGGAGGGCAGAUGGUGCCCGUCACGCAGGUUCCUUUCUCACUGGAGGAUCUGGACCGGACCAUAGCUGCCUUCGACACGGUGGAGCAGCUGCUCAGAUCCCUGAACCCAGACACCUGGAGGCAGGACCUGGACAGCAUCUACACUCAGACACACAUACAUUAUAUGUCCAGGGCCUAUCAUCUGGCAAGCAGACAUAAUAAAGUUGAUCUGAACCGUCUAUACGAUGAUGUCAAGCGCUACAGCUGCACCCCCCGCAACUACUCUGUGAACCUGCGCGAGGAGCUGAGGGCCACCAACGCCGUCUUCUUCCCUCGAUGUCUGCUGGUCAAACGCUGCGGAGGGAACUGCGGCUGCGGGACUAACAACUGGAACAGCGGCUGCACCUGUCAGGCGUCCAAGACGGUGCCCAAGCUGCACGAGGUGCUGAAAUACGCCCCGGAGGUCCCUCCGCCUCACCGCCAUCGGCGGCCGCGGGUGCGUUGGAUCAUAGACGAGAUCUUCCUGACACACCAUGAAACGUGCGAGUGUGCGUGUCCCUCCCAGCCCCCCCGCUGAGACACUCCACGCAGGCACACGCGUCUGGAACUGUUGGACGAGUUCUUUCUGUAUCUAUUUUUGCAACGGACUUCAUGUGACAACGCGGUGAAGAAGAGAGCAACAUGGUGACCGGCAAACCGCAGCUCGCAUCACAUGACUUCUGCUCUUGCAACCGACUACAUUCCUCUGUUCACGGGACACCACUGCAAAUGCAUUAAUGUUUCAAGCCAAAGAUUAUUUGUUACUCAACUUUCCUGCAACAUGGAUAAAAAAAUCAUAACAGAUUAGACCAGAAUAAACACAACUUGUGCUCCAUGAAAUGUUAAAAUAACAGUGGAGCGUCUCCAAAGGAAUUCACUUGUUUUUUUUUCCUCCUUUGAAUUGAAAAAAUAC